AAAUCGCAUAGUGGUGUAUUAAACAGGAAGUAAGAUGUUUGUAAUGUUUAUAGGUAACCGGAUGUGGUGAUAGUGCACGUGCGGAUACGCGGAAGUUGUUUCUAAUAGUCUAUUAACAACACCUACAGACAGGCAGAGAGAGAGAGAUACACACACACACUGACUGCUGCAUCUCCUCAGCACUCUCUGGAUGGAUUUAUUCGAGUUUGUUGUUGUUUGUGGCUGAUUAUUCCAAUGAAAACGCUUCAGAUGUGAUUGUUUAUUCAGUGUGGAGCUGGAGAAAGCCCUGACUCAGUGAUAUAUCGGCGAUAUUCAGCUUGGCACGAUGUGGAUUUCUAUCCUCGCCGUCUUCACUGUCCUGAGUACCUUCACACACUCCAUUCCAGCUCCUUUCGACGUGUCUGUAACCUGCGAUAGUUAUGGAGUCAUGGUGCAGUGGAUGGCUCAGGGUCUCAGCAAGCAAGCAGAGUUCUUGUUCGAGCUCAGAGGAAACCACGGUGAAUUGUAUUAUAAGCGCACAAAGAAUUCUCGAUACAACAUAUCGGACCUGCUGGAGAAUACGGCGUACAACCACUUCUUCGUGAAGGUGAAGGCCAAAGACGGCGACAAGGAGUCCACGUUUGCAGAAUCACAAAAAUUCUCCUUCAGUCCUCACCAACUAGUAAAUAUCACCUGUGACCUCGAGUUCCCCCCAGUCCGCCUGAUUCCUCAAGACGGGAAGUUGUUUGUAAAUUUCACCAACCCUUUGCACCUGUAUAGAAAAACGCCUGCUCUACGCAAUCUUCAGGAAAACGAACUACUAUCUUACACAGUCAAUAACAAGAUGUCAUCGUGUUUCCUCAAGUCUCUUACAUGUGAAACCAAUGUGUCAUUCCCAAAAGAGCAAAAGAAGUAUUGCGUCACACUCGGAGGAUGGAUCAGACAAACUCGGGUAGUGACAAAAGAGCGUUACUGUUACGAGGGCACCCUUCAUCCUGGUCCACCUGUCACCGUGUACCUCAUCCCAGUCGCGGUGGCUUUUGCAGCGUUUCUCAUUUUGGUAUUGGCCACUGUGUUUCUCAGUAAGAAAGUCAUAAAGCGCAUCAAUGAAGAAAUCCUUUCCAACUUCCCACCAUUUCUGGAGGAUAAGAAGAAGCCACGCACUUCCCUGUUCAUACCUGUCGACCCAGAGCUGGACCCCAUGAUCGUCAACAUCAUACCGACUGUGAUAACCCCCCUAGACAGUAUUCCCUGCUCACAAGAAAGCUCCGCUGCCUACAGUGACGAGCUCUCCGACUGCUCCAAGAACAUGCUGGAAAGCUCUGCAAGCAGCGAACUUUGCCACGACCAGUCGAACGAGUAUGGGACCGGAGCAGAUCUUUCGAGCAGUGGCUUUUCUUCGGGUUACGACCAGCCACAUGUGUUCAUAUCUACAAGUUCUUAAGACAUGGCGAAAAGCUAUACAAGUUGAUACGGGUCAUCAGGCGAUAAGAUGCACGAAAGAAUGUAAAUAAUGUGAACAGUCAGAUAUACAUCAGGCGACUCUCUUUUAAAGUGCAGUAAUAUUUGAUCUGAAGUAGACCAGCUGGACUGAACAUUCUUAGUACGUGUACAACACCCAUACAUCCUCCUGCUGUUUUAUGCAGCUACAAAUCAAGAGCUUCAGUUAAUGUUCACUUCAAACAUCAGACUGGGAAGACGUGUGAUGGGUGUUGGUUUGAGCAUUUCAGAAACUGCUGCUCAUCUCCUGGGGUUUACAGAGAGGAGUGGGGACAAAUGCCUUGUGGCUAAGAGAGGCCCAGAUUCAUGGUUCAAGGUUUUUUGUUUUUUUUUUGGGGGGGGGGGAGAGAAGGAAGGAUAUAGUAACUCGUAUCACUCUUUACAACUGUGGUAGGCAGAAAACCACCUUGGGUUCCACUCCUGCAGCGCAAAAACACGUUCCUACUAAAGGGGCCACUAAUGCUGAGUAUCAGGGUUCUCAGUAGGGCUGUGCUCGUUUGCCAUCAGUUGCUUACGAUAUCGUACCAUAUAUAUCGAGUUAAACGAUGUCUUUUAAUGUAUUGUAAGCAGAGGGCGCAAAUACGUUUGGCGCCAAAAUUAUUCAAUCAAUGAGUCUCGCGACAAGGCCAUGGAGACAUGGGGGACGUAAUUAGCAGCGUCUGUAGCAGAGUGCCUAAUUUCUAGUGCGCAUGCCCUGAGUAACUGGAAGCGCCAUUUGUAAAUAAAAACGUUUUUGGUUGGAACAGGUUGCAAGCGUCGAUUUCUGGCAUGAAACAUGCUUUAAAUCAAGUGAAAAUUGAUGACAACCUGCUACAGAACCGGGAGAUAUGCAUGAAAUACAGUUGUGUUCAAAAUAAUAGUGUGUUUAAAAAUGUGAGUAAAGCUCAAAAUCCUUUAAUAGUUUUUAUUUCCAUGCAUUGGGAACACUGCACAUUAUAUUCUACAUCAAAACAUGAAGAAAAAUGAACAUUGGGUUGUUCAAAAAAAUAGCAGUGUCUGCAUUUUUCAUUACAAACUCCAAAUAUUGACUGUAUAAACUGAAAAAAUCUUAAGGAUUUAGCAUUCCUGUGAAUCACUAAACUAAUAUUUAGUUGCAUAACCACGGUUUCUGAGAACUUCUGGCACCUGUGAACAGGUAUUCCAGCCCAGGAUGAUUUGACAACAUUCCACAAUUCUUCUGCAUUUCUUGGUUUUGCCUCAGAAACAGCAUUUUUGAUGUCACCCCACAAGUUUUCUAUCGGAUUAAGGUCCGGGGAUUGGGCUGGCCACUCCAUAACUUUCAUUUUGUUGGUCUUGAACCCUGAUGCUGCUCACUUACUGGUGUGUUUGGGGUCGUCGUCUUGUUGAAACACCCAUUUCAAGGGCAUUUCCUCUUCAGCAUAAGGCAACAUGACCUCCUCAAGUAUUCUGAUAUAUGCAAACUGAUCCAUGAUCCCUGGUAUGCGAUAAAUGGGCCCAACAUCACAGUAAGAGAAACAUCCCCAUAUCAUGAUGCUUGCACCACCAUGCUUCACUGUCUUCAGAGUGUACUGUGGCUUGAAUUCAGUGUUUGGGGGUUGUCUGAAAAACUGUCUGCGGCUCUUGGACCCAAAAAGAACAUUUUUACUUUCAUCAGUCCACAAGAUGUUUUUCCAUUUCUCUUUAGGCCAGUCGAUGUGUUCUUUGGCAAAUUGUAUCCUCUUCAGCACGUCUUUUUUUUUUUUAACAGUGGAACUUUGCGGGAGCUUCUUGCCGAUAGAUUAGCUUCACACAGGCAUCUUCUGAUUGUCACAGUACUCACAGGUAACUUCAGACCGUCUUUGAUCACCCUGGAGCUGAUCAUUGGCUGAGUCUUUGCCAUUCUGGCUAUUCUUUGAUCCAUUCGAAUGGUAGUCUUCUGUUUUCUUCCACGCCUCUCUGGCUUUGCUGUCCAUUUUAAAGCACUGGAGAUCAUUUUAGCCGAGCAGCCCAUCAUUUUCUGCACUUCUUUACAGUAUACGGUUUACCUCUCCAAUCAACGUUUUAAUCGAAGCAUGCUGUUCUUCUGAACAAUGUCUGGAACGACCCAUGUUUCUCAGGUUUUCAGAGAGAAAUGGAUGUACAACAUGUGCUGGCUUCAUCCUUAAAUUAGGGCCACCUGAUUGACAAUGAAUGACCUCACUAAUUAAACUCCACACUGCUAUUAUUUUGAACACGCCCCUUUCACUUAAUUAUUCGAUUACACAGACUCAGGAGCAUGCAUAUCAUGAAUGUUGGGUCUGUUGGUUUUCUAUGACUCUACUACACCUACUGGUAAAUUAUUUGCCAUGUAGUAAUAUAAUUUCCACCAAAAACAGUGAUUUGAUCUGGUUAGUCGUGUUGGACUGCUAUUAUUUUGAACACAAGUGUAUAUGGGAUUUUCAAGUGAGUAAACGAUAUCGUAUCGUACCCCCGAAAAUCGUGAGCACAGCCCUAGUUCUCAAGAGCCAAAUGAAACCCUGCAAAACACGUGGUUAUGAUCUGCAAAGUACCCAAGCCACAACCUAGGAGAUAGACAUAAGACUACUAGUCAGAUCUUUUCCAAAAUAUAAGCUCUGUAUUAAACUUAAACGCUACUUCAAUGGCUAUUUGCUUACGAUUUCUUAAGUUAUAUUUGUCGUGCCAUGGGAUUUUUGUACCACGUGCUCCGUUUACAGAACGCGUACGAUAUACUGCACCGUUUGUUUUCGCCGGCUGAUCCAGUAACAAACGAAUAAUCGCCUCAUGAGCGCCCCCUACGGGAUAAGCCAGUAUCUCACUGGGCUGCACCAAAUUGCGAACGUCAUUUGCGGGGCUUCUCAAUUUCCCUCGAAAUAGUCGCUGGUGUCGCCAAGCCGUCGCAAGUGUAUCUCACUGGGCCGCGACAAAAUAUGUGAAAAUUGUCGCCAAUUUGUGUAUUUUAUCACAAUUGUUGUCGCAGCCCAAUGAGAUACCACCCGUACGUUUACCGCUCAUCACCGCAUAAUGACAUUUCGAGUUGUAGUGAAAGUGUGUCGAUCAUGCGAGCGCAGUUUUUGCGCAACAUUCGCCAAUAAUCUCGACGUUCUGGAUCAUCUGUAGUCAGUGCCUGGAAAAUGAACCAUUUUGGGUUAUACACACAUUUAAUGUCAGAUUUACAGCAAGAUCCCUCAGUCCAAGUUCACCGUGGUUUAUUUUUCCUGCACACGGAGGCUCGGGAGUGUAGUGUAAUGCAGCAGGUAGAACUCAAUCUAUAAUCUGGUAGAGGUUAUAUAAAGUGGUGCUGCAGCCUGUAGGUAAUGUCCAAGGCAAGUCUGAGAAGCAGGUAUACAUGUCAGAAGCAAGCUAGAGCAUGUCAAGAUACUGAAAACAUUCCACCGUUGCCUUUAUUUAUAUACGGGUGAUUAUUCUUCGGGUACGGUUUUUGUUUAAGGAAUUUGUAUUACUGGAGUAGCAGUGCAUUUUUGUACUCUGUGUCAUGUUGCCAUUUUGUUUUUGCUACAGAUUUAUUAAUAAUUAUUUUCAGAAGGUUAAUAACCAGUUUUUCACACUGGGCCUUCAAAUCUAUCCGGGCUUAGAACCAGCGCCAAGUCUGCACUGUCUUGUACAACCCCAGAGGAAACUCCACACCCUUGUCGGCCAUGGGGUUCGAACUUGGAACCUUCCUACUGUAAGACAACAGUGCUGGCCACCAUAUCAGGCUGCUGAAGCUCUGUAUCGUAGAUAACUUGAAGAGACACCUGAAUGUGAACGUCAGCUCUGUAAUCUAAAUGGGUGCGGUUUUACGACGGAGAUUAAAAUAGGGACAGGGGUCACACAGCAGGGCCUUUGAGCACGGAGCAAACCGGCAUGAAGAUGAAGGAAAAGCAUUCGCUUUCAAUCUGGGAACGCAAAACACGGACGAAUCCCGUCCGUCUCGAAGGUUCAGAAAAACGUUUACCUCUACACUCUGGGGGUUGGGAUUGAGAGAGCUUUGUGUAUCGAUAUUGGAAAAGGAAAAAAUCGCCUCGCACUGCCACACAUGCACCGUUACCAUAGCAACACUCGAGCUAGUUUUGGCUAAAACCUCAAGCUACACGUUAAAGCACGUUAUUACUACAGAUUUUUUUUUUUAACUUUCAUUUCAGAAGGUUAAUAACCAGUUUACAUUGGGACACCAAGUGCUCUACAUCUCCAAAAGCUCCAUCUCAAACCCUACAGAGGCAUUUCGCAGUCAACGAGCCGCCCAAGAUGAUACGGGUCACUCUCAAUACAAUAACCAGCGAACUAUUCAAAUUGUGACUAAUAAAAGGUAUUUUUGUACUGAAUAACCAAUAAUUCUCUUGUGUAAAUAUGGUGCAAUUACUUUUCACUACAGUUAUGAAGUGUCAUUGGUAUCACAUUAAUAUUAUUCUAGCAAACCCCCCCCCAAUAAACAUUUACUGUAAAAAGUUCUAUUCACAGAGUAAUUUAUAGCGGGCGAAGGAAGACUCACCUGGUGCUGGCUGAAAUGGACACUCGUUCUUCUGAACAUUGACCUGAAAGCACUUAUUUAUUACUUGUUUUCAAUAAACACCAAAUGACAUGAAA